GGAGAUGGUGAGUGAAGGAGCGGCUUUUAUACAAAUUGUACCCCAUAAUAUCCACACCGAUCUUCAGGCAGUCUGACUAUCCUAAAGAUUGCACCAUCUUACAUCAGAGAAUACAGAGCAGAUAGAACUGCAGAUAGAUCCUGACCAUCACCCAAGGAACAACUGCAGAACUGUGAGAAAACAUCCAGUCCCUUCACAGCAUUGCUGAACACAGAGAAAGCUGGGGAGUGAAACCACCCAUCUGGAAAUUAGUUGGGUCGGGGAGCUUUGACAUAUUAUCAGACCUGAAACUGGUCAGUGGUAUGGAGCCUUCCAUCAGAACAACCUUUCUGAAGGUUCGGCUGUGGGUGAUCGGUCAGGGUGAGGCUGGGAAGAAGUGUGAGUGGCUCCAAGUGUGGUGAGAUCUUCAACCAUUCAUCGAGCCUCAUGAGCCACUGACAUAUCCUUAUGUGUGAGAGCCUAAUAGACCGUGAGAUGUGCGAAGAGGACUCCACAGACUUGUAAGUUCUCCCAACACGCAGUGUGCAUCUUUCUGUAACAAUUUCAGUAGCAGAGUUGCAUCAUGGAACAGAAGCCAUUCAAGUGUGAGGUGUGUGAACGAGUCUUCACAAAAUCUUCAGCACUUGUGCAACAUCAACGAAUUCACACAGGAGAGAAACCAUUCACAUGUGAAGUGUGUGACAAAUCAUUCUCAAGUUCAUCGAACCUCCGUGUACACAAAUGCAUUUAUAAAGGAGCAAAUGUAUUCACCUGUAAAGUGUGUAACAAAUCAUUUUCACAGUCAUGGACGCUGCGUGUGCACCUGCGAAUCCACACGGGGGAGAAACCUUUCACAUGUGAUGUGUGCAACAAAUCAUUCUCACAGCCAUCCACACUCCGCGAGCAUCAACGCAUUCAUACAGGAGAGAAACCAUUCACAUGUGAAGUGUGUGAUAGAUCAUUCAGGCAGUCAUCAAGUUACCGUGCUCACCAACAAAUUCACACCGGGGAGAAACCACACAAAUGUGAGGCGUGUGGCAAAUCCUUCUCUCAGUUAACAAACCUCCGUGCACACCAACGCAUUCACACAGGGGAGGAAGCAGUUAAGUGUGAGGUAUGUGACAAAGUCUUCACACAGUUAAGGAGUCUCCUGCUGCAUCAGACAACCCACACAGGGGAGAAACCCUUCAAGUGUGAAGCUUGUAAUAAAGGUUUUGCAACAUCCUCAACUCUCCUGAUACACCAGAGGAUUCACACAGGGGAGAAACCCUUCAAAUGUGAAAUUUGUGAGAUGGCAUUUUCUCAAACAUACCAUCUAUUGAGACACCAGAUGACUCACACAGGUGAAAAACCCUUUAAGUGUGAGGUGUGUAACCGAGCCUUCACACAGUCAUCAUCGCUGAUAAAGCACCAACGCAUUCACACUGGGGAGAAGCCGUUCAAGUGUGAGAUGUGUGACAAAUCAUUCUCAGAUUCAUCGCACCUCCAUAGACACCGACGGACUCACACUGGAGAGAAGCCUUUCACGUGUCAAGUGUGUAGCAAAUCAUUCUUGAGAUCAUCAAACCUCCGUGCCCACCAAUGCAUUCACACUGGGGAAAUGCCGUUCAAGUGUGAGGUGUGUGGCAAGGGUUUUGCAGAAUCAUCAGCCCUGCUGAAACACUGGCACAUCCACACAGGGGAGAAACCAUUCACGUGUGAGGUGUGUGACAAAUCAUUCUCACAGCUUGGAAACCUCUGUGUGCACAAAUACAUUCACAAAGUUGAGAAUCUCUCAUCGUGCUAAAUGUGCAAGAAAUCAUUCAACAUCCUUCUGUGCACACCAACACACCCAGAGAGGAGACACUGUUCUCCAGUGAGGUGUACAACAAUUCUUUUUGAGUUCAUCAGAUCCCAUAUUCCAUCAGGGGAUCAACUCAGAGGAGGAAGUCUUCAAUUGUGAACUUUAUGUGGGAGAAAGCAGUUCUGUAAUUGCACAGAAGUAUUUUGUUGC